GUCCGGACAGAGAGUGGCACCACCUCCACGCACCCGGAUAAAGAGCUGCUGUGGGCAGGACGCUGUGAAACUUCCAGGGGAGAGGACAGCAGAAAGCGACUGUAUUUUCCACCAUGUGAGCAGAUGAACGAGAUAUCGGUUUCUUUCAAAGGACCUCCGCGGACUUUGUUUAUCAUUUUUAUUUUUAUUUUUUAUCUCUACGCUGCUUUCAAAUCCUGCUGAUGGCAGAAGCUCUGCGUGAAGAGGGGGAGGAUGGAGAGGGGCAGCGCAGAGACCUGCGGGACAGAGGCCAGACAGCAGAUCAACUGGAAAGAACAAAGUCAGAACAUUUAUCCUCCAGUCAAAGACCUCUGUCUUCUAUACGAGCAGCCAUCAAGCGAACAAGAACAAACUCUCAAAGUGGCAACAACAGGGAAAGAAGACGACCAGAGAUCACCAUCAUCUCAGCAGAACCUCUGGCCAAUAAUAACUGGUUUUCCGGAGGUUCAGUGGUUUUCUCUCCUUCUCGGCCAGACUGGUCUGCAGGCACCCAGGCUGUCUCAUGGCCUCCACCGUCAUAUGACCAGGUGAUUAAAGAGAAGACAAAGGAAGAACAUAUUGUUAAGCCAACUGCAGCCCCCCGCCGGACAGCCUGCACAGCGACAAGUGCCACACAGACUGAUCCUGUUGGAGAGGACGUUGCCUCACACUGUGGUGCAACUCCACCUCCAUCUGAGAGAAGACCUGCUGGUAAAAAGCCACAAAAACCACCAAGGCCCUCUUUGCCGAAAGGACCAAACAAGAAACCUGCAGCUGGAAGAGACAAGAGGGUUGCACAAAGCCCAGUGGCAUUUGCAAAUACCGAACACCAAAGUGACUCAGAAUCUGAUAUUAAGCAACACCAACAUACAGAUAACUCACACAGAUGCACCCGAUCUGUCACUGUACACUGGGAUAUUACUACAACUCAUCGUCCUGCCACCGGUGUCCCUUCUGAAAUCACACCUUCAAACUCAGAAAACAACCAAAGGCCCAUUCCACGUCCUCGUACAAAAUCACUCAAGCAGGCAACAGAAGACGAGGCCCGAGUUGAUACUUUGGUCCAAUUCAGCGAAAACUCUGACAAUAUUUACUUAGAUUCUCAAGAGCUUCCCACAAAUAAGUGCUUAAAAGAAUUACUUGAGGUCUUCAGUGAAGGCAACGAGUGUGAGGAGAGCAGUAAUAUUUUUGCCCGAUCAGACAAGUCACAGGGAGAGGAUGUUGUUGGCGAGAUGAAUUCCAACUACAACCAACGGAAUAUCCGUGCCAGGAUCCAGGCUUUUGAGAGCCAGGCUGGCGGCGAGGAAGAAGACGUGUUCAAAUCGGCCAAACCAGACCCCCUAUCCAGGAGGGCUUCCACCAAACCCCCAGUUGCUGCUAAACCUUUUAUAGCUCUUAAAUCUCGAAGCAUAGAUGACAAUCAAAACAUACCAACCACUCAACGCCCUACACCAGCCUCCCAACCUCAGCCCCCUACAAAACCGGUGGGGCUCUCUGUGAGGGAGGAGCUGGAAGCUUUACACAACAAAAGGGCCAUCCCACUCCGGCCACAUCCUUCUGUGUUUACCAGAGACAACAGCAUUCGUGAAGAGGAACUGUCACUGUUCCCACCUAUCCCUCCUGCAAAGCCUUCCAAAGAACCGCUCAAACCCAACCUGAAUAUUAACAACCACAACUCAGCCUCCAUGGUGAGAGAGAAUGAGUAUGUGGACAGUUCAUCAAAUAAUAAUGUAAUCAAAUCUCAACAUAACGAGGACAGCGGUGGAGGUUUUUUUUCAAGACAGUCUGUAGUAAGAAGACCAACCACCAUCAGGGUGCCCAGUAAAACUGAUUUAGAUCUCUUUCAGGACAGUCCACCUCCUAUCCCAGUUCAGAAGCCUGUUGGCUCUCUAUACACUGUAGUAAACCCCAAACCGUCCCUCCAGAAUUCUUUCAGUAUAGGACCGGAGCCAUCACUACCACCUCGAAAGCCCACUGUAAAAAAAAGCCUCCCACCACGCCCUCCUGCAGCCAAAACAGGCCCUGGAAGACCUCCCCCACCGAGCCUUCAGGCCGCAAGUCGCUCUCAGUCAGCGUCAUGGCAACCUUCACCUAAAUCCCAGGCUAAGAAGCCCCAAAGGAAAGGACUUGUCUUACCUCCAAGACCUAGUCCAGGUCACCGUCUCUACAACAAAUACACACUUGAGCUCCCUCAUGGGAUUGCAACAUUUGACUACAAUGGGAGUAACACAGAGGAUCUGUCAUUUCAGAAAGAUGAAGUGCUUGUGCUGCUGGAUAAGAUUAACCACAAUGAAUAUGAGUGUCAAGUUGGAGAAAUGAGAGGCAGAGUUCACAAGUCUCGGAUGAAGAUCAUAACUCCUCUUGGGUCAUAUUCAUCUCCUCUGCAGGGUGCCGGUCCAGCUGCAUCAGGUGGAGAUGCUAAUGGGCUGAAGGUGCAAGCUGUGCACGACUUUAUUCAAGAGGGUCCAGAGGAGCUGGGUUUGAGAGCAGGAGAUGUUGUAACUAUGGUGGAGCAGGUGGACAGCCAGUGGUACAGAGGAACCUGUCAGGGGUCUACUGGUUUCUUCCCAUCACAGUUCUUUUCCAUUUAGCCAAAUUCACCUAAACCCUUCCCGGAAAGAAAGGCAAAGCCACAAUCUGCACCAGUCAGUGGUCCAAGAUGUGUGGCAAGGUUUGACUUUGAGGGUGAGCACAGCGAUGAGCUAUCUUUCUCUGAGGGGGAUGUGAUCCAGCUGAAGGAAUAUAUGGCAGAGGACUGGGCACGGGGACAGAUCGGCAUCGCCAAGGGCAUCUUCCCCCUUAACUAUGUGGAAAUUAUUGAAGAUCUCCCUCCACCUCCAAGUAUCAACAAGAUAGGACUGCCUGGUAUGGCUGCUGCUGCUUCUCCCAGCAUGCAACAUGAGGCUGCCAAACCUGCUCAGAUGCCCCAGCCCAGUGUGGAGUGGGCAGUAGCUUGGUAUGACUACAGUGCAAAGUCAGAAGGCGACCUUUCCUUUCAACAGGGCGACUGUAUCCUCAUCACUCAGCAUUUGAAUGAGGAGUGGAGCUGUGGCAGGCUCAAUGGCAGAGAGGGAAUGUUCCCCACGGCUUUCGUUGAGACCACUGCAGAACAGAAGCUCUCUAAAAACCAUCAGCAUGGCACUGCCAGUGGUCAGCGAGCCAGGGCCCUGUAUAACUUCACUUCAGACUGUGAGGAGGAGCUCACCUUGCAGGUUGGGGAUGUUAUAACCAAUCUGGAGUCAAUUGAUGAGGAAUGGUUUUUGGGGGAUUUGAUGGGGAAAAGGGCUUUGGUCCCGAAGAACCUAUGUCCAAGUAUUGGACUAAGACCACACAGCUAGCAUUGCAAAAAAGCCAGAAUAUCUCAAAUAUGUGGAAAUAAGUUUUAGACUAAAAUGCAGUAUUUUAUUUGGUGCAAUUUCUUCCUUAAAGCAUUACCUUGAAUUUAAGUAAUCUGUUAUGAAUAAAGAUGUUGGUAAUAA